UUAAAAUAAAAUUGCCCACGUACUGGAUAUUCAUAAUUCAUUUGACUUUUUUAGUAUAAAUUAUCCACAAAUAAAAAUUAACAAUAAACCGACUUCAAACGCACAUUUUCGAGAAGAACACGCGUUUUAAUGACGGCUGUAUCUCCGAACUAUUACUCGGAUCAACAUGGAAAUUUGGGGUAAAAUUCUAUUUUUUGUAGAAUUUAAUAAGACAACAAAACCCCUACCUUUAGUUGAAAUCCUAAGCAUAUCUCAAACCUCGAUCARUAUUAAUCAAAAUCCAUGUACAACAUUUUAUUUACAACUUUACGUAACAGUGUGACAAUUAGCGGACUACAYCCAUGCGUACUUCCCGUAUAACACAAUCCUAUAUUCAUCUGACUCUUUCACUUUACACAAUGCAAAUGAAACACCAAUGAAUUUAUUGGAAUAAAACCUUGCACAAAUAGUUCCCUUUCAAUUCCAAAAAAUAGUCGAAAUAGUCCGAGAAAUCCCCUUACUUAUACAUACAUAUGUAUAUGGUCUAAAGUCAAUAGAAAGAUUAAAAAUCCUUUUAUUUGCGCAUUUACAAACCAAAGUACCGACCUUCAUAUAUAACGCCAAUGKCAUAUAUACAUGUACAUAYGUAUGUAUGUACAAAAUAAUAGCACUUCAACAUACGCUUAUACACUGACCCAAGAAAUUCAUGUACUUGCAUUCUGACAUUCGACGCGUCAUACAGUCCUGGCAAUGGGGCUGGUCGACAAGUUUAGAUUCUGUGGAGACUCUUUAAGGAUAAUCUAGUCCAACCACUUUUCCGGUGGAUAUGGAGCUUUGCAGAGRACAACUUCUUCUUUAAGAUUUCUUUCCCCAACAUUUAAAAUUUGAGCAAUGGAAGUUUACGAAUUUGAUAAGUGUUUGCUUGACCGCUUGGAAGAAUCUAUGGGAGUUUUAUCUUGGAAAGAUGAGGUUAUACCCGCAUCUCAAGUUCGUUCCGAGUGGUCAUAUUAUAUUGAACUUCAGAUUGAACCAGCAGGUUGGCAAGCGCUAUGGAAAAUUCCUCGAGUGAUAUGUGAAGAAUUAGGUAUUAGAUACCCAACCGUGGUUUUCGGUUACGUGGAGCAAGUUAUUUUUAAAGAUUUAAAAGCUAUAUUUAUUAUACAAGAAGUUCAGGAUGAAGACAUUCAUUUACCGGAGAAGCACGAAGUUUUCUUGGAAGAUCUGUGGCCUACUAAAGAGCAAGAAAACUCCGAAUUAAAUAUUGAACGAACUGCUGAUUGUGUUGAUCGUUUAAGAUUCUUUUAUACYCAUGUUUGGAUGCCCUGGGACAAUGAUAACGAUGACGACCUUAAUUGGGUAGAAAAGCAUUUAGAGUCACGUAUCCGAUUUUGCUAUGACUUGCGUAAAAGAACAAUGAAAAAAACCUUGGCAGCCCAUGUCCGUAAAUUGCUUACAGAAUCUAAGUACUUGCAACAACGACGAGAGUAUCUAGAACUAGGACUUACUGACGAAGAAGAAGGAGACCCCGAAGAGACGAUGGGUAAAACAGAAGUAACUGAUUUAAUGAGAUUGCAUUUGCGCCUAGCUAUGAUUCGCAAUGAAAUUGAAUUAUUAGAAAAUCCAGAAAUGAGAAGAAUUUUUCAAGAAAUAAAAUUUCCASAGGAAAAAUAUUUCAAUGAAAAUGGACACAAUGACAUAUCUAGCGAAAAAAAACUUGGACGAAUUUAUUUUGUAAUGACGCAAUGCACUCUUGAUCAACAAAUACAUUUAUUGCAAAUUGCCAAGAAGAGAAUUCCAAAAGAUGCAUUGGUUCAAAACGUUCCCACACUGCAGGAAAUUUUAAACRGUUGUAUUAAUUAUGACUGUAUUUAUCUUUCGCCUGGUCAUCAUACUGUAAAAUUUUUAGAAAAUAUGGCUGAUGGUGGUAGAUUAUGUGGUCUUACUACAGACAAGGAGAAGUGGACAGACUCAUCGGAUUACUUUGCUAAGGAAAAUGUUUGGAUUUCAUCUUCAGAUGAAGAAAGUGUGCUUUUUGUUUUCGAAAAAUCUUUUACUAUUGAAAACAUAGUUUUAGAUUGYCGCAAUGUACAAACUGGAAUUUUAGUAAAAAGUGGAACAUUAUGCCUKCGUAAUUGCGUUUUAAUUGGCGAUGGAAAAACUAGUACUCAACAGGGCAUUAUUUGCUAUAAGGGAACAUCCGUUAUUCUUGAAAAAUGCAUCGUUGAACGAUUUGCAACAGGUGUUACUGUCAUGAAUGAAUCAUUGUUACAGCUAAAACACACAAACGUUUUGAAUUGCAAAAUUGGAAUCGAUUUGARUGUUCACUCAAAGUGUCACUUUGAUAAUUCAAAAAUAACUAAUUCACUUAAUAAUGCAGUACAUGUGUCAACAGUUUUCAAACAACAAAGCCAAAAAGCCCGGUAUACAGUUUUGAACCAUUUAGAAGAGUGGGAAAAAAACUUUGACGCACCUACGCCAUUUAUUGGAGAAUGCCAGUUCAAAGGUUGUAAAGUAAAUAUAUUUGUGCAAAAUGUAUGCAAUAUGAUUAUUUCAAGAGAAACAUUGAAUGUUUUAAGAGCUAACGAAAACGGUUUCGAAAUCCCUAUUACUAAGGAUACAACGGCGAAUGAGGAAUGUGUCAUCAAGUCAUAUUAACAUACGGAAGUUGGGUUCAGUAUACAUAAUUCUUAAUCGAAACAAGUUAUACUUUAUAAAUAAAUAUCUGCCUUAUUAACUUUAA